CUCGCGCGUCAUGAGGUCAUCGAUCGUCGCAGCUUGGUCGCAGUAUCUCCAUCCCCAGCAAGUCUCCGAAACCACGACCGAGUCCAGAUUUGAAGAAGAAUAUCACUUUUGUACUAAUCAAGUGUACUUAGAAGUAUCUAGCUGACAAAGUAGUUUACAAUCCCAAGUGCCAAUUGUCCCAUUACUGAUUUAGUGACCCCCAUCCGACCUCCACGAUGACCUGGCGUCUCUUCAUCCUGUCCAUACUAAUGGGUAUGACCCUGUUCUUAAUGUGGAACAAUUACCAAGCCACCGGCUCCAUCUCCAAGAGUGUCAAUAAGUCCUGGAGGGACGUCUCCAAUGCCGAAGUGGUCCGAGAGGCUCAAAAGGCAUGGCAGAAGUCUACUCGUCAGUCCUCAUUGACUUUCAAGAAAUUCAAGGAUGGUAGACUAAUGCAGGAUGCUGUCAAAUUUGUAGAUAAAAUCACCAUAGCGAUAUUUAAUGUUAAAACUCCUGAUUUAUUAGCUGAAUUACAAAAGAUGGAGAAAACUGUCCUUGAUGCUGUACUCCUCUUGGUCUGGGUGAUGACGGGAUACCUGGGCUAUCAUUACUUUUCAUCAGGCUUCACCUUCUUUGUCAUAGCAACGUCUCUCUUGGUUCACGCCCUCUACGGUCCAGCGUGGUGCAUGUAUGAACUGUUUGUAUUCCUAGGUCUUCUGGGUUUCAUCGUCUCCUUAAUCACCAACAAUGCCGUCUUCACCGCCUUCCUCCUUUCCGGCUGCUACAUGGUUUACGCCCUCUGGAGGUUCGUUGGGCCCAGUGACGGCAACCGACUGGACCGGAUAGAAGCGAGAAUAGCCCACGUCCAGCACGAACUCAACGAUCUCGGCAAGCAGCUAUCCAUCAUCGAAGAUAAAGUGGAUCUAGUCCGUGCUUCUAAACGAGAGUCCAAGUAGUUAAGGUGAUGAAAUAAAAAACAGGGGGAAAAGGAGGGGGGGGGGGCUUGAGUGAUAAAUUCCAUGAAGUCACAUGAUUAAAGUGAAUUUAAUAUCAGGGAGGGGGUAACCAAGUUUGAUGAAAAGAGAUGACAGGGAUAUAGAAAGUAAACAAGUUAUGAAGCUUUGGAAAGUCUCGAACUUCCUAUGGAGAUUCACAACUUUGAAGUGUUCCAGUUGCCUGACUUGUUCCACCUCAUAAUACCAAAUAUUUCUUUAUCUAAAACAACUUUUGAGAUGAAUUUUCACUUAAAAUUUGAAGUAUUAGAUUGUGCUAGGAUUAUUUAACAAAUUACCAACCAGUAUGGUGUAUAAAUGACAGGUUUUACAUGUAGAUAUGUAUUUGGAUUCGUUUUUUUUUUUUUUUACUUACAAAUGUUGAUAUACAUAUAUAUUCUUUUACAAGAAUGGAUUUAUCUCAAGAAUCAAAAUUAAAAUCUGGAUCAAUUUGUAAAAUCUGUGUGUGCCCAUCGGGUGGCAUUGACUUUGGUAUAAUUUCUCUACUUAUGCCUGUGGCCCACAAUAUUUUCAGGUUGCAUUUUAUACUUUAGUUUAUAUCAUGCAUAUAAUCAAGAAAAUUCACAAUAUUCCAUCUGUUUCAAGAAGGAGAGAACAGGGUUGAUGUGUUGAUUAUUUCUAUACAAUAUCGGUAGGGGCAGGUCCAGGGGGAAGGGGGGGGGGCAAAGGGUGCCAUAAGGAAUGAUUUUUAUUGUUAAUCUAAAAAAUCGAUGGGAAAAUGCUCCUCAGCAUGGUGAUAACCCUUUUUUUACGUUGCCCCCCCCCCACAUUGAUAUACCCUGGAUACGCCCCUGAAUAUCAGCAUGCCUUACACAAAUAUAGAACAGAAAGUUAGCAUUAGACUCUUCACUACUCUGUCUAGUAGCUUCAUUUUACAGUUUGGUUUUUGAUGAAAAGAUGAAAAUAUGAAGUUGACUCCAGAACUGUGGUUUUAGUUUCAUCCCUUUUCUCAGUUAUGUGAUGUUGCUUCAUUUUUUUUUUUUUUUUUGGGGGGGGGGGUCGAUUGCUGUAUUUUGGGGAACUGUUUCCGUUCUUUUCCUGGUGUAUACAUGUACAUGUUUGUUUGGGUUCCGUAAUUUUUGUUGUUGUUGUGUUUGCUUUUGCAAUAAUUUUGAGUUGUCAUCAAUAUUCAUAUUGCUUUAGUUUAAGUUUGUGCUCUUGAGAAUGUUGUCGGUUGUCGGUGUGUUCAUAAUGGUGAUGAGUUUGAAAAAUAUCUUUUGUUUAUAUUGCCAAAUAUCAGUUUGAUUUGUGUGUGCAUGUUUUUAUUUCAUAGAUAAAUGUAUUUGGAUUAGGGAUGUUUUCUUUAAAGAGAUUAUCCUUGCGAUAUGAUUUGAUAAUUUAUUGGUUGCACAACUAAGAGGCAAGUUUAGCCAACAUUUUGAGCAUGCCUAAAAGUUAUACACUGUAUUAUUCAACAAUUCCAUUUUCUGUUUUUACUCUGUAUACUUUGAUUAUUGCAAAGGUCUUUUGUAAAAGCUAGAAUUGGACAAGAAGUAAAAAAUUUUCGUACUGAAAAAAAUAGAACACUGCCCUUUCUAUGUUGUACCAUUUUACCAUUUUUAUAUUUUCUGAAAACACGAAAAUAUUUCAGAAAGAAUUGCAUCCUCAUCAGUGGAAUCCAGGUAAUUAGUUUGUAUUCUUGUCUUUUUAAUCAUAGAUUAGGUAAUGAUAUGUAAAUUUCUGAUCCAUAGAUAGUGAAAUUAUUCAUACAUUGUGUUUCAUUUUAUAGUAGUAUUUAUAUAGUUUUAUGGUAUUUGUAUUUAGAUUUUAAUAUUUAUUCAUAAUAUCCAAGAAUUUAAUGUCCACGUUGAAAUAAAGGAAGUUCAAUGUAUUAUUUUAAUCAAAGAUCAUUAUAUGGACAUUUGAGUAGAUAAUCCAGUUUUAAUAUUUCUUAGCAUUUUCCAGGUAACAAUCACUAACUUGAAAGGGGCAGACAGAUUGUUAGUACUUCUUUGAUCUGAUUCUUGCAAUCUUGCCCACACACAGUAUAUGCGCACUCUCCACUCCGUAGGGAUUGUCCAGGUAAUAAUCACUAACUUGAAAGGGACAUGUAACACGUACAGAUUGUUAGUACUUCUUUGAUCAGAAUCUUGCAAUCUUGCCCACACACAUUAUUUGGGCACUCUCCACUCCCUCGGGAAUAUGCAAACCAGUAGCUCGAAAGCAUCGCACCGUUUGAUAGAAUCAACAACACAGUUGUCUAUGGCGGGCUCUGCUCAGGUGUCAUACCUUCAAUUAUUACGUCCUCACUGGCUUUCCAUAAUUGAGAUUCAUUUUGAUUGGGUCGAAUCCAGGGUGUCACAAAAGAAAGGACACAUAAAGUUAAGCAGGAAGGAGGAUCUAGGGAAGUUCACCCCCCAAAUGGCAUUGCCUGCCCCAAAAUCUCCCCUUGUCUCUUACCGUUCAACACCUGAUUUGAUUCAAUCACACAAGAUAAUUAUGAAACAAUACCACUUCACUAUGCAAAUGUAAGACAUAAAUCAUUCUUUUUGUAUGGUAUUCUUUUAUCUUUGUACAUAGAUCUGUCUUCUAGAUAAUAAAAAACAAGCCAUCUUUCCUUGGUUUGAGGCUUGCCGGGGAAGGUAUCCAUUCAUAUCCAUUCUUGCCUUGCCUGAUAUAGCAACCAAAAUGCACAAGACAAAAUAAUGCAAUCCAUCCUUUGAACCAAUUUUAUUCUAGUUGGUAAUAAGUAGGUAUCUCAAACUUUGAGUGGUUAUUACACAGAGUUUAUAAAAUAUGAUAGUGACCAGAUGUAGCCAAACAAUUAGAUUUUAAGGUGUACCAAGUACCAACUCCUCUUCUGGAAUGUAUCAUUUACAACCCCCACUUCGGCACAUAUGUGUAUUAAGCACUCUAGUAAUGCUAUAUACUGUAUUUGCCUGCCAAAUUUAAUUUAUAACAUUUUAAUUGGCAUUGAAUUAUUUAUUCUCGAGGCUCAUACUAUGCAGAUAAAUGUUCCUUAUUAUGUGUAUCUAUGCUGUCGUUGUGCAUUGUUAUUCAAUCAUGGAAAGUGUAUUUGUUUGUUGUUUUUUAAUGUACUCUGCCAAUAUCAUAAAUACAUGGAAUCAAAAUCUGCUGCAAGUGUUAAUGUAUAUGUGUAUAAUGGGACUUAUUAUGUAAA